AUGCUGAUCGAAAACCUCAGUCUGACUUGGGAUGGACUCGGGUCACACCGGCAGCUCGCGUGUUGUCACUGUUACUGUGGGAUACCAGUGCACCAAAAGGACAUAUUGGUUUACAGUCAUACAGACACUGACCUCAAGCCCCUGCUGCUUACUGGGCACCAUGGUGAGAUAGGCGCCAUGGCUUUUGGAAAAGGAAGCAGAACUGUUCUCCUCUGCUCCGCCUCUGCUGAUUAUAUCAUCGUCUGGGAUGUGGAGCACUGCCAGAAGAGAGUGAAUGAGGGUAAAGUUGCAGCUGGAGUAUUAAUUGGGUCUUUACUUGGUGAAGUCGUCCAUCUUUCCUUCUGUUUCUCUGAUGAACGAGUGGCCGCAUGUUCAGGGGGCACUGUGUAUAUCCUCAGCUCAAAGAGAAAUGAAGUUAUUUCUACCUUGACCGGCCACUUGGGACCUUUAACAUCAGCCGAGUUUUGUCCCUGGAAUAAAGACAUUCUCAUCACCACAUCAGAAGACCGCACUUUUAAAGUGUGGGAUUUAAGAACUGAAGCUGUUUGCUACCAGUCUUUUGUGCUUUCAGCCUCUCCUCUGAUCAGUUCAUGCUUUGUAAAGGAGACCAGGCAGCUUAUCACUGGUUCAACUGAUGGACAGGUUUGGAGCUUUUCCCUCAAUGACGACCACAAGUGUCACCUGGUGACCAAAAUGGAUCUUCAGAAGAUGGAAAGAAGACAUCACACGCACCAAGAGACUGUGAGACAGGAAGCAGUGGGUGCAGAGCAAUCAGAUGAAGAUAACGUGGAAACUGCAAAGCCAGUCAUCAAUAUGGCUUCAUGUGGCUCAUUUACUGACACUGGUAACGAGCAGCAAAGGGACAACAGCUUUUUAUGCAUUGGAAGCUCUGAUGGCCUUUAUGUGGUAGACCUGGCUACUUCUGAACUCCUAACAGUGCUGUAUUUCAAAGAUGCCCCCAACCUGAGCAUCGCGCUGGCGAGGUCGUGGUCAAUCUCUACGGGACAGAAUAACUCUAUGGUGUUCUUAGUGACCUCUCUGUUUACUCCAAGUGUGGCGCUGUUGGACUUGAAUCUUAGUGACCUGGAGAUGAUCGGGGCUCGUGGUGAAGGCUUGUCAGUGUUCCCGAGCUCUCCGCCGCUGCCUGACUCUCCUCUGAACGCUCAGUUUAGGAAGAAGGAACCCAGUCUUCCUAAAAAGAAAGGAGGAACAAAGGAUCAGCCUCUGGUUUACCACACAAAAGUGAAGUCGUCUGGAUACACCACUACCCCACGAAGGAAUAUGUUCUCACCUAAAACAAAUAUUCAGAAGAAUCCUUCCUCUUAUAAGGCUAAAACAAAUACAGGUUUACUUCUCAGAGAUUAUCCAGCAGACAAGGCAGCACCUACGAUACCACACAGUCAUCUCAGUGUUACUGACAAACCAGUCAACUGCCUCCACUAUUCAGGUGACGGAAAACAGAUCUUGUGUGGUCUUGGCGACAGCUCAGUGCUACUGUACAAGUCAUCCCUCACCGGCGAUCCAGCUGUCUACACAGGCCAUGAUAAACCAGUGAGCAGCGUCAGCUGGAGCCUCAGCAGACAGUGCUGGUUGAGUGCGUCAGAAGACCGGUCAAUUCGAAUCUGGGCCAAUGGCAGCAAAGAACCUGCUAUUAUCAUGGGUAACAACUCGAUCUCCAAGCCCAUACGAGGUGCUCAGUUUUACUACCUCGACAAAUUCCUGCUCUUUGCAUCAGGACCCUCUCUGUACCUGUACCUGUAUGACGUGGACACCACGCACGACAACAUAAAGAGAUAUCAGCAGCGGAGUGCCGUCAAAUUGGCCAAGUGCCUUACAACGACAUCAUCAACAGACAUCACAGCCUUCUCUACAGUCAAUGAUUUCCUCUCUUAUAUCGUCCUGCUGUGUGGCUCGGAUCGAUCCAUUCAGGUGUUUGACAUGAACAGGAGCACAGUUGUCUCACAGCUGCCCGACGCCCACAACAGAGCGGCCCACUGCAUUACACAGAACAAGGGCUCCAUGUUCAGCACACAGACACCAGACUCAUACAACCUCUUUCUGACCAGUGCAGUCACAGAUGGCGUGAAGAUUUGGGACCUCCGCUCACUCAGAUGUGUCCGCCGUUAUGAGAACCACGUGAAUCGCUGCCUUCCAUGCUCCUCGGCCAUCUCGCCAUGUGGCCGCUUCAUCGCGACAGGCUCCGAGGAUAACUCUGCCUACGUGUAUGACAUCCGAAGCAGCAGCGUCCUCCACAAACUCCAAAAACACUCAGACACGGUGCUCACUGUGACGUUUAACCCGGCCAAACCAGAGCUGCUGACUGGGACCCUGGAUGGGAAGCUGAGACUGUUUCAGCCCAGUUGUGGGGCCAGUCUGUCUCAUGACACCAGUGCUGCUGUGCAUGGUAUCCCCUACAUGACUGGGUAAUUACAGAAGGCUGCUGCAAGGACCAUGCAGGUUUGGUUAAAGUCGGUCCAACCCCCUGGCUUGGAUUUCACAGGGAAAGGAGACACACAGGACACACAGGACCUUUGUUUGUUUGCUAUUUGACCAAUAUUAAAAAAAUAGGUACAACUUUAAAAAGUCUUAAAAAAAGAGCGCCCCUCCCCCCCCUUUUCAGCUCGCUCAUCUUUGUUCAACUUCCAGUGUGUGCAUCAUCUGAACACUUUUGACUGGGAUCCGAAGGGAUGUCAGUGUUUUGAUUAAGUACCUUUUCACCAAUUUCAUUCAGCCACAUUAUCGUGAUGAAACAUUUAGUCAAUUGCAGAUGAAUACACUUAAUGUAUGGUCACGAAUCAGAUUUAGUUUGUUCAGUAUGUGGAACAUAUUGUACUUCUAUAUCACUGCAUGUGAACAGUACUUAGCAGAUCGGCACACAACGCAAUGACAUCAACUGGGUGCAACCAUUUAGGCUGCCAGACACACAGACGUUACUACUGUUCACACUGACACACCCGUCCUCGUUGUUUGAGCUCUACUGUAAGUCCUCUCUGUCUUCUCUGCAAAAUGUCCCCUAACUGAAAAAGAAAAAAAUCAAAUAUAAAUAUUGACACUGUGAAAUGAAAGAUUUA